AAAUAAGAAUGUCUAAGCCACUGGAGCUGGAGAAGACACGAGUGGAGCCACAUGGGGAGCACACAGACACAGAACGAAACGGUCCCGACACAAACCACCAGACCCAGCAGAGCAAACCAGCCCCAUUCUCCCCGGCCCCCACCGGCCCCAGCCCCAAGAUCAAGGCGGAGGACCCCACGGCCCUGCCUCCAGCUCCAGCACCGGCCCCCCGGCAGCAGCCGCACCUGCCCCAGGCCCAGCUCAUGUUAGCCGGCAGCCAGCUGGCCGGGGACAUCCAGCAGCUCCUUCAGCUCCAGCAGCUGGUGCUUGUCCCUGGGCACCACCUCCAGCCGCCCGCCCAGUUCCUACUGCCACAGGCCCAGCAAGGACAACAAGGGCUGCUCCCGACACCAAAUCUCUUUCAGCUACCUCAGCAAAGCCCGGGGGGGCUCCUGCCAACCCCCCCCCGCGCCGGGCUGCCUGCACAGGUGAGCCAGCCGGGGGGGAAGAGGGGCUG